CAUGAACCCUCCAUCGCUUUAUGUAGCAGUAAUUAUGCAUGGACACUGCAAGUGCAUUGGUGCAUAGGUCCUCGAGUCAUGUGUAAUGAGUUGGGUUUCUCAUUGCGAGUAUCUGCGCAUGAAAGCCGUGCGGAUCAGCAUCAAAGCAUCAUCGUGUGCGGAUCAGCAUCAAAGCAUCAUCGUGCGGAUCAGCAUCCAAGCGUGCACUUGUACUUGAUAACCGCUCUUGUAUGAAAAGUCCUUCGAAACUAUCGAAUGCAACAAUUCACAGUCAGGCAUGAAUACCAACAAUUCUGCAUCAAUAAUGGAAAGCUUCGGAAACAAUUCGACUGAAAUUGUACCGUUUGAUGAACGUAUUCUGUCGGUACCUGAGAUCUUCAUCUUCGUGGUGUUUCCGGUCGGUCUCCUAACCAACUGCGUUUUUCUCUCGUUCAUCGCACGCAACAGAUCACUCCGGACUCCGUUCAAUAUUUUCUUGUCCAACCUAUCCGUGGGUGGUGUCAUCUUCUUGAUUCUGGCGCUGUCCUUCACGUGCGUCGGCGACAAGGAAGAUCCCUUUUUGCGCGGGUUCUGCUUCAUGUUUGCCGUCUCCUACGUGGCUACUAGCUUGUUUGUCACCAUCGUGGCCAUCGAACGCUUCCUCGCCGUGUGUUUCCCGUUGAGGUACUCGAUCCUCGUCAAUGACAGACAUCGAGCUGGAAAGAUCUCUGCCGUGGCCUGGCUGACUGCUGCAGUUUGUGGUGGUCUGGUCAAACUGGUGGUGUCCCUCUUCAGCUUCCACCAGGAUGCUCUCCUCCUUGUCAUCGUCUUCUUUUGUGUGGUAUUCCUAACUACCAACAGUGUCUUGUACACCGUCACACUUUGGCGUCUGUGGAAGCGUCCCCUGGCCUCGUCACUGGUUCAACGCCGCGUCGUCAUCAAGUUGGCGAUCACUGCAGGUGUGGUGUUUGCAAUCGACACCACGCACGUCAUAUACAUCAUCUUACAUUACUUCUUGGAGGAAAAAUUGAACAAGACCUCCUUUGAGAUGAUCGUACUGGCUCUGAAUGCGGCUAAUUCGACCAUUAACCCCCUCAUGUACGGCUUGGUCAACAGCGACUUGAAGGAGCUGUCCUGGAGGAAUGUUCUCGGGAGAUGGUGCUUCGCCAAGAGACGAGCCCAGGAGCCUGUGGAGAAUCAGCCACCAUCUCGCUCUUUCAGAAGGACAUUUGACAUGUCAACUGAUCGAUCUCCAAUGCAGACUCUUGAUCAGUAACUAUGCUACGACUGCUGCAAGAGGAUCCAUUUUGUAAAAUUGUAUACAUACGUAUAAUGUAUAUGUUUUUGCCUGUCAAAACAAUUUGGACAUGUGGCAAGACGCUACGAUUUCUGCGCAGUACUUACUGUUCCACUGUAACUACAUGUAUUUUAAUUUCACUUGCAGCACUAAUGUUACCCUGAAUUUUGUUUAAAAAUGGGUUUAAUACAUACCUUCUCUUAAAGGACGUUUGAAAUUGUUUCGUUGUUUUUAAUAUUUAGUCUGUGAAAAAACUUGCUCUUGAAUUUAAGAUCUUCCGGGGAAUUAUACUGCAAGGAAAAUAAUAUAAGCUAUUACAAAUAAUGUUUGACCUAUUCUGUGACUCUGGUAAAAAGCCAACAUACAGUUCGUUUAGUUUGUUUUGAAUUUGAAUUUCUAGCUGAAAAUUCUGUUCGAUUGCUUUUGAUAGUAAUUUGCUGUGCAUAAAUCUUCUUUCCAGCUAAGCCCACGUUAUAUUUAUCUCGUUGCAUUAUCGAAGAGUAAACAUCUUGUGAUUUAUAUUGCUCAGAGGCUCCGAUAUAAUUAUGAAAACAUGAACUGUUGCAUUCUUCAAAUAGCUCGCCGUUAUUGCCUCCCAUGAAUAUCUCUUGAUGUAGAGAAGAACAUAAUGGUGAACAGAAACGUUUUCGUUUCUAUGUUGUGUUUACAAUUUCACUUCGCAUUACAUUUUGUGCAAUGCGAAAGCCCUUCAGUGCUGACUUCGCAUGUAAAAUCUCAUUCAAUAUUAAUAUAUAUACCACGUACGGCUGACUGUAAAAUCACUUCCCUGAAUUUCACACUGCAUGUAAUAUUAAAGCUGUAUGUUAAAGACUGCAUAGAAUCGUGAUAAAUCACCAUGGCAUGGCCUAGUGCACGUUUCCAAUUAGCGGGAAAACGAUUGACGGCAAAUCACUAACCAGCGAUUGCCAUGCCCCCUUUAAACUAAUCAAAAUUGAUGCAGAGAAGUAAUUUUCUCCCUCUAUGCCUACCUGUAAUCCGUUGGGUUUAAUUACUACCUGAUUUGAACUUGGACUUUCAUUGUGCGUCGACACAGCGUACCUAUAAAUCGGUUAAAGUUGUUUUUGUUAUUUUACUGUAAAACAAACAAGAGGUGGUUUUUUUUUAUCUCAGA